CACGCGGGUCAUUGUGGUCCUGCUCUGAACUGAAACUUGUACUUUAGAGUGAUAUCAGCUAUUUUCACUGAUUUCUUCUAAUUUUAUCGCUUAGAAGUCCAUUUACAGUUGUGUGAUCUACGUUUACAAGAUAUUUAAGCUGGAAUCUUAAAACUUUGGUACAGACCUCAACCGGAUAUUUAGUGUCUUUCAAUGGCGACGCGGGGAACGGCACAACGCCCCAAUGGAGCUGUGCAGGGUAAAAUCUGUCAGUUUAAACUGGUACUUCUAGGUGAAUCAGCUGUAGGAAAAUCAAGUUUGGUUCUAAGAUUUGUUAAAGGACAGUUUCAUGAAUAUCAGGAGAGUACAAUUGGAGCUGCCUUUUUGACACAGACAGUGUGUUUGGAUGAUACAACUGUUAAGUUUGAGAUAUGGGACACAGCAGGUCAAGAGAGGUAUCACAGUUUAGCUCCAAUGUACUACAGAGGUGCACAGGCUGCUAUUGUUGUGUAUGACAUAACAAACCAGGAUACAUUUAGCAGAGCAAAAACUUGGGUGAAAGAACUUCAGCGACAGGCGAGUCCAAAUAUUGUCAUAGCACUCGCAGGAAAUAAAGCAGAUCUUUCAAGCAAGAGGAUGGUGGAAUAUGAGGAUGCUCAAUCUUAUGCUGAGGACAAUGGUCUUCUGUUUAUGGAGACAUCUGCAAAAACUGCAAUGAACGUCAAUGAUAUCUUCUUAGCAAUAGCAAAGAAACUGCCCAAGAGUGACAAUGCAUCAGCUGGACCUGCUGUGGGCCGACAGCCAAGAGGUGUUGACCUCAGGGAAACAAAUGAACCGCACCAGGGCGGUUGCUGUAAAUAGAUUUCUCUUCAAAAUCUUCUCUUAUACAAAUCAUGGGUAAAUCGGCGAUGUGCUACUUGAACACAUAUGGGCAAGAUCAACAAAUAGGUGUUUUUAUGCAGCCAUUAUUGUAUUAGAAUUCUAAUCUCCAAUCUUGCUCAAGCUGUGUAAUAGUAAUUUGAGUGUUGUCUCCGACUUUCAUAUGAUUUGUUGUAAGUGUAAGAUGACAAGUACGUCAACCAUGAAUUAUGUGUGAGAAUAUUUUCAGCCAUUCAUGACCAAUGUUACAUAAUUUGUUAAUCUUGCCUGUGAUAUGUGUAAAUUAGCUCAGUUGUCCCUGUAAGCUAGGCAACACUUUCAUCUGCAGUAAUAACUAAUUGUUACACUUUAACUUCUCGUAAACUUUUUAUACAAGACUUAAGUAGGAACCUGACAAGACUGAAAGACUUGAUGAUCUGUGGAAAGCUGUCAUGAUUGGAGAGUAGAAAUUACAAGGGAAAAUUCUACAAAAUAUGUGAGAAGUUGUAUUGAGAACUUGAUAGUAUUCUAAUGAUGUGGGAGCCUCCUUCGUUGACUGCAGACAAUCUUAUUAGCUGUUGCACAAACUCCAAGCAUGAUGGGUCAGAAGUAUGUACACUGUAUUUGUAAGAGGUUAGAGACCCAAGAGUAUAAUAAUUCACCACUUUUACACUACUUGAUUAGCGGUGAUGAAAUCCAGGAAAGAGUAGAGGGAAAGGUAGGGGAAGUCUGGCAAUGAAAGCACAUUUUUUUUGCUAUAAUAGAAUCAAUGCUGUUUUUAUCAGUGGAAAUGAAAACCUGCUGGCAGACAGUGUUAAGAGUUCCCUAGUGUAAGAUCUGUUUAGUCAUAACAGACAUAUUAAAUAGGAUUCUUGUGUAAUAAAACACUGUACUGGCACAUGUCUUGAUAUUGCUAUUCUGAUCAACGAUUAGAUUACAAGCUCAAGAUUUCUAUGAGGUGAUCGCUGAGGAAGCCAAAGGCCAAAUCAACUAAUAAUCACCUCAUAGAAAUCCCAAGCGAAUAAUUGUAAUUGUGUAGUAGAAUUCUAACUUACUAAAUUUCUUUCAAAUGUAGACAAUAUCCAUUCAUUUGUCACCGUAGUGCUAAACCUCACUUCUUUAGCAACAUUGUCUGGACUGAACUGUAUUUGAAACUUGCAAUAGUGCACACGCACUCAUUGGUUCA